AAUGUCAAAAUUGUCAUAUGAGAAAAAGAAGAUGAAAAGGGUAUUUCCAAAAAAGACAUUUAUCUGAGUUUAUAAAUGUUAAUAACAUCUAACUUCUAUUUUAUAUGAUGAGUAAACUGUAAAUAUUGUUGUAGUAGCUUUUAAAUCUUUUAUAUUUUCAUUUGCAUAUAAAAUAAGACCAUGACUUCUGUGGAAAAUCCAAAAUAUGAAGAAUUAUGUAGGCUCUGUGCAACUAAAACUGAGGUUUACUUAGGCAUAAACAUAUUUGAGCAUGAGGGUACAAUUCGACAAUUGAGUAAAAAGAUAGAUUCCUGUCUUCCAGUACAGGUUCUGGAGACGGAUGAAUUGCCUAAGAUGAUCUGUGAUGCAUGUCUGUACAAGUUGGAAUUAUUUACUGAUUUUCGAGAACGUUCAGUUCGUACUGAAAAACUAUUACUAGAAUUAUAUAAAGAAUUAUCAAACUGUAUAGAAAAUGGUCAACAACCAUGUUUAGUUCCAAUUACUAGUAAUGAACUGAUAAUGGUACAGCAACAUCUACAGAGCAUCUCUGAUAUGGAACUACCUUCAUUACCACAUAACCAAGAAAUAAUUAUGACACCUGAUGUAAAUUCGCAUUCUUUAGAGAGUAUCGUGAGUAGUAGUUUAAGUAACACUGAUUUUUCCAAUCAAACAUUUAGUGCACAGGAAACUGCCAUUGCAGAUUCAAAUUCAGAUACUAAAUUUGAAGAUAAUCUGACAUUAAUGCAAGAUCAUCAAUUAUUGACUGAUCAGUUUAGAUUGCAGCAAGACUUACAACUUGAAAAUGCCUCUAUUCCCUUACUCAAUGAUUUUAAAGAAGCUUCAAAUCAUCCAACCCCACACAGAUUUGAUUUGCAAGUUAAAUUGGAAGAACAUAACAUCAGAUUGCAAUUUGAACAAAGCAAAGUGUUAGUGAAUCAAAUCUCCAUCAAAACAGAUAGCGAAGCAUAUAGGCAAGAUGAUAGUUCCAGUAACAGUAUAAAUUCCUUACACAUAGAAAAGCAACCAAACGGAAUUGAUCAAGCAAAUUCGUUAAGUGAUAAACAAAUUUUUGACUUGAACACCACCAGUAGUGACUCUCUUCUAGUCAUGGCUAACGACAUAGAUAAUUUUUUCUGUAACAUUUGUAGUAAAAAUUUCGAUCAAAGAGAUGAUUUUGAUUUGCAUUAUUUGGAACAUUUUCACAGAUGUGGAGGGUGUAAGACUGUUUUCACUAGUUUGGAAGUUCUUAAUAGCCAUAAGAAAAUUUGCUGUGUACAAGAAAAAUUCCUUAAUUCCGUGGUUAAAUCAAGUAGUAAAGUGAAAUCUGUUAAUGAUUGGACAAGUGAAGAUAGUGAAAAUGAAGGAGGAAUAAAUAUGAUAAAAGAGGAAAACAAGUUUGAAGAAACUAAAAAUAUUAAUCAAUCAAGUAAUAAUAAUGAUAACGCUGCAACACGAAGUACUGAAAAAAGACGUCAAAAAAGUGGCGACAAGCUUUGUAAAGUUUGUGGCAAAAUGUAUUCAACUAACUAUAAAUUAGGUGAACAUAUGAGAAAGCAUACUGGAGAAAAACCUUUUAAAUGUGGAUCAUGUGAUAAAGCGUUUAGAUCAAGAAUUGGAUUAGCUCAACAUGAAGCUAAACAUACUGGUCACUAUGAGUUGUCUUGUCCAACAUGUGGCAAGGGGUUCCAAUGUAAAAGUUAUUUGAUGGUGCACCAGAGAGUUCAUUCUAAUAUCAAGCCAUUUCCUUGUACAACAUGUGGACAAAAUUUUAAAACAAAACAGUCACUUUUAGAUCACACAAACAGGCAUUUAGGAGUUAAACCUCAUAUCUGUGAUAUAUGUGGAAAAGGAUUCAUCACACCAGGUCUUUGCAGAGCACAUAAAAAGAUUCACUCUGGUCAAGAUAAUCGAAAAUAUUCUUGUGAUGUAUGCGAUAAAAUGUUUGUAUCAAAAAGCUAUUUGCAAACACAUCAACGUAUCCAUACUGGCGAGAAACCCUUCAUGUGUGAAGUAUGUGGAAAAGGUUUUUUGACACGUGUCGAUUUGAAAAUUCAUUUAACAAUGCAUACUGGAGAAAAAUCUUUUGUGUGCGAGAUGUGUGGGAAAGCAUUUGCUAGAAGAGAUGCUUUGAGAUGUCAUCGAAGAUCACAUACAGGAGAACGGCCCUAUAGUUGUGAUUUAUGUGGACAGACUUUUACUCAAUUUACACCGAUGGCUAUUCACAAACGAUUGCAUACUGGAGAACGACCAUAUUCAUGUGAAACUUGUGGGAAAGCUUUCGUAUCGAGGUCUACGAUGAUGUCUCAUGCCAAAAAACAUGUGUGAUAAAUGGAAAUGGUAUAUACAAAGACUGCUUUUUUUAUUUAUAUUGAUUCGUUCUAAUAAAUUUCCUGAUGUAUAAUAAA